AUGGAUGCACCAAUUGAUGAAGAAGUUAGGCAACCCAGGUUUAAUAGGCUUUACAUAUUCCUAGGGGCUGUCAAGACUGCUUUUUGUAAUGGCUGUAGGAAGAUCAUUGGUAUGGAUGGUUGUCAUUUGAAGGGAGAGUACAAUGGACAGAUUCUAACAGCAAUUGGAGUUGAUCCAAACAAUGCCAUGUAUCCAAUGGCAUGGGUUGUGGUAGAGAAAGAAGACAAGGAAACAUGGGGAUGGUUUCUUACACUGAUCAAGAUGGAUUGCAACAUUAAUGAUAGCAAUGAACAUGAAUGGACCUUCAUCAAUGAUAGACAAAAGAACACAUUUAAAGAUUACUCACUUGAGGACAAAUUUCGGGAUUGUGCCAAAGCAUCACAUGUACCACAAUUUCAAGAAGCCAUGCAAAGGGUUAAGGAUGAGGAUGAAAAGGCAUAUGAAUGGCUAGUAAACAUUCCCCCUAGAUAUUGGAGUAGGUCACAUUUUAGGAAAACAAUUAAGUGUGAUAUGGUGUGCAAUAAUUUGUGUGAAGCCUUUAACAGAGCAAUCCUAAAGGCAAGAGAUAAGCCAAUCAUAGAGAUGUUAGAGUGGAUUAGAUGCUAUCUAAGCAAUCGUAUGCUGAUUAGGAGAGAGUGGAUCAAAAAAUUCACCAAUCCACUUCUACCAAAUAUCUAUGACAAGAUUGAGGCCUUGAGUAAUGAGUCUAGCACAUGCUAUGCAACAUGGUUUGGUGAUUUGCAGUUUCAGGUGAAGGUGGGGGGUAGAGAUGGUAAACAAUAUACAGUGCACUUGAACCACAGGUCAUGCACUUGUAGGAGAUGGAAUUUGACUGGCCUUCCAUGCCCUUAUGCCAUGGCAGCAAUUCAGGAAAGAAACCUAGAUACACAAGCUUUCAUCCAUGGUUUUUAUUCCAAGGGUUCAUACUUGAAAGCAUAUGAACCAUUGAUCAACCCCAUCAAUGGGUACAAGAUGUGA